AGUCAUUGGGCUUAAAGUGACUGGGGGGCGAGUGGCGCACAGAGCGUGCAUGUGAGUGACACAGAGCACCAUCAUCAACGCUCCCCUGCAGCCUCUCUCAGUCUCCUCCUGGAGAGAGACACAUGGCAUCACGCAACACACAAGACAAGUCAAAGACAGGAUGAAAUAUUCUUGCUUCCUUUUUUUUUUUUUUUUAAACUGAGGCAAGAGAAAAGAGGCAGUGAGACGCAGAAGUAAAGCAGCAUCUUGUGGCAUCCAGCUUUUUUUCUAAGCAACAGGAUCAGGAGCCGUGCUCCUUGUGCACAGCCUGAGGAGGAGGAGGAGGAGAGAGGAUGCUGAACAACAUGACGGACUGCGAAGAGGGAGAGGGGGGAUCCAACAGCCAGGGUGAUGGGAUGCCCAAAGAGAACAGUCCGUUCAUCAACAGCAGUGCAGCCAGCGACGCCGAUAAGAGUCAGUAUGACGGAAAGAAUAUGGCUCUAUUUGAGGAGGAGAUGGAUACCAGUCCAAUGGUCUCCUCUCUGCUCAGCAGUCUGGCCAACUACUCCAACCUGCCGACAGGCAGCAAAGAGCACGAAGAGGCCGAGAAUAACGAGGAGGGGGCACGUCCGUCUAAAAAACCUGUCAAGGCUCCACAGCUGGGCACUCUGAUGGGCGUGUACCUGCCGUGUAUCCAGAACAUUUUUGGAGUGAUCCUCUUCCUGCGGAUGACCUGGAUGGUCGGGAUUGGAGGCGUGUUCGGCUCCUUCAUAAUCGUCUUCAUGUGUUGCUCCACGACGAUGCUCACAGCCAUCUCCAUGAGUGCCAUUGCAACAAAUGGAGUCGUACCAGCUGGAGGUUCAUAUUACAUGAUCUCUCGCUCUCUGGGGCCUGAGUUCGGUGGAGCUGUUGGGAUCUGCUUCUACUUAGGCACCACUUUUGCAGGUGCCAUGUACAUACUUGGCUGUAUUGAAAUUCUGCUGAUUUAUAUCAUUCCCCAAGCAGCCAUCUUUAAGUUCGAGGGCGUGGAGGGGCCGGAGGCGGAGUUGGCUCUCCUCAACAACAUGCGGGUGUACGGCACCCUUGUGCUGAGCUUCAUGUCACUGGUGGUGUUUGUGGGGGUCAAGUAUGUGAACAAGCUGGCGCUGGUCUUCCUGGCCUGUGUUAUCCUCUCCAUCGUGUCUGUUUAUGCCGGCGUCAUCAAGACUGCCAUCGAGCCCCCCGUCUUCCCCGUCUGCCUCCUGGGAAAUCGAACACUUCUUUCUAAAGGAUAUGACGUCUGUGCAAAGAUCAUCGAAAUAGACAAUGAAACAGUCACCACCAAACUGUGGCGGUCCUUCUGUGAUUCUGAGAACCUCAAUGCCACGUGUGACGAAUACUUCACCAACAACAACGUCACAGAGAUACAGGGCAUCCCCGGGGUCACUAGUGGCAUCCUGGCAGAGAACCUGUUUGGUGUUUACCUGGAAAAAGGGGUGUUCCUGGAGAAGCGUGGGCUUGUAUCAGUCGCAGAUCCAGACAAUCCUCCAACCAGCACCAACCGCUACGUCCUGGCUGACAUCACCAGCUUCUUCACCCUGCUGGUUGGGAUAUACUUCCCAUCUGUCACAGGUAUCAUGGCGGGCUCCAACCGCUCUGGAGACCUACGUGAUGCUCAGAAGUCGAUCCCCGUCGGCACGAUUGCAGCCAUCACCACCACGUCUAUUGUGUACAUGUCCAGUGUGGUGCUGUUUGGUGCCUGUAUAGAAGGAGUAGUCCUGAGGGACAAGUUUGGUGAAGGGGUCAGUGGUAACCUUGUGAUCGGGACUCUGGCGUGGCCGUCUCCAUGGGUCAUUGUGAUUGGCUCCUUCUUUUCCACUUGCGGAGCGGGACUCCAGAGUCUGACUGGAGCUCCACGUCUCCUACAGGCCAUCGCUCGAGACGGCAUCAUCCCGUUUCUCAGAGUGUUUGGGCAUGGCAAGGCCAACGGGGAGCCCACCUGGGCCCUUCUGCUCACAGCUAGCAUCUGUGAGAUUGGCAUCAUCAUCGCCUCCCUGGAUGCAGUCGCACCCAUCCUCUCCAUGUUCUUCUUGAUGUGCUACAUGUUUGUCAAUCUUGCCUGUGCCCUGCAGACUUUGCUGAGGACGCCAAACUGGAGGCCGCGCUUUAAGUUCUACCACUGGGCUCUGUCUUUCUUGGGUAUGAGCCUGUGCCUGUCGCUCAUGUUCAUCUGUUCCUGGUAUUACGCCAUGGUCGCCAUGGGCAUCGCCACCUGCAUCUACAAAUACAUUGAGUUCUGCGGAGCGGAGAAGGAGUGGGGUGAUGGGAUACGUGGCAUCUCUCUCAGCGCUGCACGCUUCGCUCUCAUGAGGCUGGAGGAAGGACCGCCACACACCAAGAACUGGAGGCCUCAGAUCCUGGUUCUUGUGAGCAUGGACGCUGAGCAGAACGUAGAGCAGCCUCGUCUGCUCUCUCUGGCCAAUCAGCUGAAAGCAGGGAAGGGUCUGACCAUCGUUGGCACCUCAGUUCAAGGAACCUUCCUCGACAACUACGCUGAGGCCCAGAGGGCAGAUCAGUCUUUGCGUAAGUUGAUGGAGACGGAGAAGGUGAAGGGCUUCUCUCAGGUGGUCAUCUCCUCCAAUCUUAGAGACGGGACGUCCCACCUGAUCCAGGUUGGAGGACUGGGAGGUCUGAAGCACAACACUGUCAUGGUCAGCUGGCCACGAAACUGGAAACAGCGCGAGUACCACCAGCAAUUUAGGAACUUUAUUGAGGUGGUUAGAGAGACGACUAUCGCCAGUCUGGCCUUGUUGGUUCCUAAGAAUAUCUCCAGCUACCCGUCCAAUGGAGAGCGCUUCACUGAAGGCUACAUAGAUGUGUGGUGGGUUGUCCAUGAUGGAGGCAUGUUGAUGCUCCUGCCCUUCCUACUGCGUCAGCAUAAGGUGUGGAGGAAGUGCAAGAUGCGCAUUUUCACUGUGGCUCAGUUGGAUGACAAUAGUAUCCAGAUGAAGAAAGACCUCAUCACAUUCCUCUAUCACCUGCGCAUCGAUGCUGCGGUGGAAGUGGUGGAGAUGCAUGACGGUGACAUCUCAGCCUACACCUAUGAGAAGACAUUGGUAAUGGAACAACGAUCACAGAUCCUCAAACAGAUGCAUCUGACCAAGAACGAGAAGGAGAGAGAGAUCCAAAGCAUUACAGAUUCAUCCCGUGGGUCCAUUCGGCGUAAAAACUCGACUGCCCCGCCGCCGCGGUCCCGGCACAGCAUUGACGAAGGAGCCAGCGUGGCAGAGCAACCAGAAGAUGAGUCUGUGGCUGUCUCCAACCCAAAACAGGUACAGCUGAUCCACAGUAAGAACGCCUCCAAGCCGACCAGCCCCACAAGCCCCACGGCUCCCGCUGCGCCUGCAGCGACCCCAGAGUCGGCCAAAGACCUCUUCAACAUGAAGCCGGAAUGGGAAAACUUGAACCAGGUCGACGUGAGGCGCAUGCACACAGCGAUGCGACUCAAUGAGGUCAUCACGAAGAAGUCCAAGGAGGCAAAACUUGUCCUGCUCAACAUGCCUGGACCACCCAAGAACCGUGUGGGCAAUGAAAACUACAUGGAGUUCCUUGAGGUGCUCACCGAAGGUCUCAAUCGGGUCCUCCUGGUGCGUGGAGGUGGACGUGAGGUCAUCACCAUCUACUCCUGAAGGGCUUUAAGGUCUUUUAAGGGCACCUACACAGACUCUGCCCUCUCCCACUACUGUAUAUUGUUCCAGGAAUAUCCUCCCACCAUCUAUUCGUUUAACCUUUUAACCAUUAGACCACAUGGAGAAUUGUGCAACAGUCAACUCUCUGUUCUUGACCUGUCAGCUGAUAAUAGUAGAUGAGUUAAUUCUGACAGUUUAUUGCAAAACAAAAGACUAAGCUUCACUUAUUCUCAGAAAAGGGAAUUUUUUCAGACAUUUCUUUCCCUUUUCUGAUAUGUUAUGUCAACUUUCUGUCCCUUUGCUUUUGUUCCUGGUCAUUUCUCAAAGAUGAAUGUUUUUUUUCUUUUUCUGUAAUUUAUUAAUUGAUGUUAUUUAUGUAUUUAUUCAUCUAAUCAUGUCUGUCUUUGUCCUGGUCUGUUUUUGUCUUUCAUUGUAUGGUUGGAAGCACACAAGUAUUAAUAUUAGAGGUACUGGUUAUGAUAUUGAUGUUGGAAAAGGGACCUUCCUGUGUUCAUGUGAUACAUUCACAUCAAUUAAUAGGAGUAUUGAAAAAGCAGAGGUGUAAGCUGUAAAUAGAUUCACCUCUAGUUUGCACUCAUUUUAGUUUCAUAAGUCGAACAUUAUACUUUUUGUGAAAAUGCAGGGAUGAUAUUUGCAGUUUGAACAACAUGAUAACAACCGUAUCGUCACUGGCUCGUCCUUGUUAUGGCAGAGAUUUUAUGUCAUUG